UAACCAUGAUCAUGGCGAUCAUCCCAGCCACUUACAACAUGUACGAGAUGUUUCAGGCUGUUCUUCAGGCCCCGGCUUAUCAUCUCAUAUUUGAAGCUCUGCUGAUCGUAUGGAUCAUAAAACUGAUAUUCUCCAAAAGCUACAGUCCAGCAAAAGAGAUUUUAACAGAGAAGGAGAAAGAUGAGCUGAUAGCAGAAUGGACCCCUGAACCUCUGGUACCAGACACACCCCCUGACCACCCAGUCCUCCUGGCUAUGGAGAGAAACAUAAUACAUGGGCGUGCUGGGAAAUAUGUGAAUAUCAGAAGUCAUGAAUGCCUCAACAUGGCCACUUUUAACUUCCUGGGUUUAGUCAAUGAUAAGUCAGUAGAGGAUGCAGUGGUGGUGGCCCUGAAGAAAUAUGGGGUGGGCUCAUGUGGUCCUCGGGGAUUUUAUGGAACUAUGGAUGUUCAUUUGGAGCUGGAGGAGCGCUUAGCCAAGUAUAUGGGUUGUGAGGAAGCUAUUGUAUACUCUUACGGGUUUGCUACAAUAGCCAGCGCCAUCCCAGCGUAUUCCAAACGAGGGGAUGUCAUAUUCUGUGAUGAAGGAGUGUGCUUUGCCAUACAGAAGGGACUGGUUGCCUCACGCAGUAAAAUCUGCUACUUCAAGCACAAUGAUAUGCAGGACCUGGAGAGAUUACUGAAGAUUCAACAAGACGAUGAUAGAAAGAAUCCUCGAAAGGCCAAAGUGACGAGGAGGUUUUUGGUUGUAGAAGGAAUAUACGCCAAGUCUGGCAGUAUUUGCCCUCUUCCCAAACUGAUUGAAUUCAAGUACAAGUACAAAGUUCGCAUCUUCCUGGAGGAGAGUUUUUCAUUCGGUGUUCUGGGAGCAACAGGAAAGGGCAUAAGUGAACAUUUCAAUGUUCCAGUGUCAGACAUAGACCUGAUAGCAGCAUCACUGGAGACGGCCAUCAGUUCCAUGGGGGGAUUCUGCUGUGGCAAGAAAUAUGUAGUAGAUCAUCAGAGACUGUCAGGCCAGGGUUAUUGUUUCUCUGCCUCUGCCCCACCUAUGACUGUCUCAGCAGCUAUCCAGGCUCUUAAUGUCAUGGAGGAAAAGCCAGAGAUGUUUGAGCGGCUGCGUGAGAACUGCAGGAAGGUGCACAAAGGCCUGUCACAGAUCCCCGGGAUGAAGGUGGAUGGGGUGAGCGUGUCCCCCAUCAAACACCUGCGUUUACUGGACCCCUCCCCAGAGAGGGAUCUGGAUAACCACACCCUUCAGCUCAUCGUUGACAAAGCCAUCGACCGGGGGGUGGCAUUCACCAUGGCCCGCUACCUGGAGAAAGAGGAGCACAAACUUCCACCUCCCAGUAUUCGUGUGUCUGUAAACAGUAAGCUGUCAGAUGAGGAGAUCCAGAAGGCUGUGUCUGUUCUCACCUCUGUCUGUAAGGCUGUCCUCAACACCAGUUACUCUAAUGGUGGCGACUGGUAUGUGAAGGAAAGCCACUAGUACACACCUACUGGUCGCUGAGGACAACUAUGGUCAGCAGUCAUUCAGAGGUCUACGGUAUGAAGGUGAGAAAGUCACUGGAUGAAGUGGAUCUGACCACUGCCCACACUUGAGUUAACACAAAAUCAAAGGC